AUGUUGAGCUGCUCCGACGAUUCGUUGGAUUCACUUUUUCAUUACGAGCCGAGCCGCGUAGAUGCCGAGGCGAGUGGUACGGCAGAAUCCUCCGAGGCGUCUGUUUUGCCGAGCCCCUCCAAUCGUUCAUCUGACGAAGCGUUAAACCAUGCAAACCCAUCAGAUGUCGGUUCUCCGGAUGGCGAGCCGUCGGUUUUGACGAGGCGUCCCCAGGAUCCCGUUCCUGAUGAAGACAUUAAUCGCGCCGCAUUUAAGGCCGAGGAGGAGGCAUUUCCCUUUGACCUUUUCGAGGCGAAGCGUGAAUUGGAACAUCUCAAGGCGUCCCGAGGCGCUUCCACAUCUGGGCGAGGGCCGAGAGUUAAGAGACAAAAACCUGACCCGCCUGGCUCUACGCUUUGCUCCCUUGAGUUGCUCGAGGCGUUGAGGCAUCGCUUUGGGAUAUCCGAGGUGGUGGAGUUCGUCGUUACAGAGAAGAGCGACCGAGCCGACAAGCCUCCAGAGAAUCAUUUCACUCUGUACGAGGCUUUCUUCGAGCUUUGCUUCCUCUGGUUCCCGAUCCCCAGAGUGAUCCUCGAAUAUCUCUGGAAACACGGGAUCUCGAUUGGGCAAAUCAUGCCGAGGGGAUUACGUUCGGUGCUUUCUUCCCCCGAUCCCGACGACCUCUUUACUGUUCGAGACUCUCUUUUGGCGCGAAAGGUUAAUUGGAGAAAGAACUUCACCCUCGAAAGAGUAGAAAAAGGGCGAGCCAUCCUUGCCGGAGUCCCCGUCAGCUCUUCGUCCUCAAAGAAAGGAAUAAUUGCUCUCAAAGAAAGUUCUUCAAGAGAUACCUGGGAGAAGAUGGUAAUAAUUGCUCUCAGAGAAAGGAAGAGGCGCGAGGAAGAGGAGGCCGCUAGACAAGCUGCCGAGGCGGCUCAUGCGCAAACCAAGGCGGUUCCAGCGCAAGCCGAGGCGGUUUCAGUGCAAGCCGAGGCCGUCCCUCAACCCGACCCGCCGAGCCGGGAAGGAGAUGUAAUGGUCCGAGCCGCAGAAGGCAACACUGCCGAGGCGGCUGAGAAAGAUGCAGCGCCCGAGGUGGAACCGGGCGAAAUUAUCCCCAAGGUGUCCGGAGACAGCUCGGCGGCGCGGAGUAAGACUCCUUCGCACUCCACCAUCCUGGCCCUCCCGAAGUCGACGAGGCCACCGACUUCGGUUGUUCAGAAGCAUGACUCUAGCCGAAAACGUUCGGCUACUGACAAGGGGAAGGGUGUCGCCGUUCAGAAGGACGAGCCGUCCAAGAAGAGGUGGAAGCCGACGCCCAGGGACCCUGCCGCGCGCAAGUUGGUCGUCGACGACCCCGACGCCUCUGCCGUCAUGUUCUCGCGUGUAAAAAACGCGAGCACGCGUCUUCCUCCUCCGGAGAAGCUGAGGAGGCCGAGGUCGUACGGCGCGAUGGCACAGCGCGGUACCAAGUUUGUCGCGGCCAUUAACGACCGGAUGGCCGAGUACGAGGCGGACUUGUCUAAGGUCGAACGUCGCUUAGACGAGGCCCGAAAUGAGACCGCGGCGUCAAAGUCCGUUUAG